AUGAGUUUGACUUUCCAAAAUCUACAUGAAUUGGAAUGGGAGCACCGCCGUCGCGGUGAAGCAACUCCAGAUCCGGUUACGGCUUUCGUUAUCCAACAGCAAGCCCUGCAUGAAAAAGGCGAUGCAUGGCGUCCGCACAUCUCGGAUAACAGCGGUGAAAUGCGGGGUACGAACCAUAUCGUGCAGCCGUAUGAGGGACGACGCCAAAAGCGUCGACAUCGCGCACGAGAAGAAAUUGUUAUGCAAGAAACCAACGUUUCCAGCCGGGAAAGAAAGGCUGAAGCGCAUAGGCUGGUGGCCAGUCCCAGGCAACGCAAGCGAGGACGGGAAUGCAGCUCGUCCGGCGGCUCCCUCGAUUAUGCGGAAAGGCAUGCGGACAGGGAAAAUUCCCUCAUGGUCGACGUUCGUGGCGGCGAAGAGGUUGUCUGGGAUGGCCGGAAGACCAGGGAUUUUCAGAAGAGGGCCCGGCAUAAGAUGUUAGACAAGAGCCGCAAGACUGCGAGCAGGGCUAUACCGAGCAAACCCUCUCCUCCUCCCAAGAAGAAGAACGGAAUGGGAAUGGGAGUGGGAAUGAGAAUGGGAAGGGGAAGGGAAAAGGGAAAGGGAAAGGAAAUGGGGAAGGGCGAUACCCUGCUGAAGAAGACAACCCAGGCUGGCGUGACAAGUGGGCAUCGAACGUUGCCAGCGACACACGGCUUGGAGGUUAUCAGAAACGGUCGGACACACGUCCCUCUGAGUAGGGGUCUACCAGACCUUACGUUUAGCGACAUGAGUUUCCUGGGCCAAAUGAAGCCACGGUUACCGGCUGUCGAAGAAAGGCAAGCACCGAGAUCCUACAGGGCGACUGGCCGCGAGACGAGCCACGGCACUAGCUUCGUGCCUUCUGGUGGGUUUCGGGGUCAUACUAGGUCGAUUUCUGUUGCGAGUGCGCCUGCGCAUCGGCGUGAAUCACUAUCUCGAGGCUCGACGACUAUUGCGUCUGGACUGUUGAUGAGGGAAAGUCUCGAUGAUCACAAUACAUCGCCGUCCCUGCGAGAAUCGAUAACGACCGACUCCGAUGCCCACUCCGAGUAUUCACUGCAGUUACGACGGGCUCGUAAAUAUGGAGGAGGCCCACCAGAUGACGAUCCGGCAAGAAUAACUCCACUGCCGCAGCCUGCAGCAAUAAUGAUAACAACACCUCAGAGGCCCCAGAAGGACGACAGUCCGCGUCCCACGGAAAGUGGCCCGGCAGGGGAAACGAACCCGAAAGAAGGAGAAAAACCGGUUUGCACUGUCCAUAUCGCAGCCAUAGAGGAAGAAGCCUUGCCAGCUUUACAUCAGACCCCCUCGAGUCCUCUGCACGAUUUGAUACGUCUCUGUGCAGAGUUUACACCCACGAAGGUCUCCGAGAAAGGACCGAUAAACACAGGGCCAACCGAUCAUUACUCCUGCGAGGAUGGCCAAUCAUCGGGGUUUAUUGCUGAACCUAAUGUCCACACAAACCACAGUCACCAACCGGAAUACCACUCUGCUGCGGGGUUCGUUGGCAAUGCUUCAACCCUACAUGCGGGAACAUAUCACACAGAUCCGCUUGGCUAUACAGAGAACGACAUCUUUAAUCACAGAUCCCACUGCUAUGUUCACGAUCGUGAAUCCGAGUAUAUGUACCCACAACGCAUGGAGGCCAGCAUCUGGGGGCCUAGCACUGACCCUCACACCCGCCAUCACGGAAGUGACUUCACAUACGAUCACUCGGUCUUUCCCCAGUUUAACGAAAAUCACGACCGUCACGACCACCAUGACAGCAACCACUACACCGAUCAUUACAGUCCGCGUAAUGAUCACAUCCGCGUCAACCAUUACGGCCGAGAUGUUACGCCUGGAGAAACGACCUGGAACGUUGAGGAUAACUACUUGCGGGACUCGCAGCACCUUUCACAGUAUGACCAGGAGGACAGUCACAUUGUUGCCCCCAGUCGGUCCGGUUCGUAUAUUCCCGGGAGUCCCUGGAAUCGACAAAGGCCUGGAGAUUCCCCAAGUCUAGACAUCAGCCACCACCCCGAUCGACAACUCGGUAACUAUUUCGAAUCCGAUUCACACUUAUCAGAAGGUAUCCCAGGAACAAACGUCGAAAGUCAGUUCGAUCUGCGGCCUGAAGAGGAUUUUCCGGAGCUUAAUAUCGAAGAUCCCUUUGAUCGACACCUACGUGAAGGUUUUGGUAUUAGUCUAGACCUGGAUGGUGAUUAUCCUUUGGAGCCCAGUGUUGGGCGACAACGCUACGAUUCCCCAAGACCGAAUACUGGAAGCCACUUUGAUCCAUAUCCUUAUCUAGAAGAAGAAAGUUGGAGGUCAGGGCCUUCAUAUCAAAAUGAUCCACUACUGAAUGAGUUCUGGAAGGCGUAGUGUUCGUGAAAUGACGGUCAUUGGUGGAAUUUGUUUGCUAUACACUUUUUAAUGUGUGAUGGGUGUGAAGCGAUUUUAUGGGAUCAGAUCAAUGACCGCGGGCUUCAAAUGUGUUUCAUCAUGUGUUUUAAAGCAAGAGAAUCAUAGGUGUAUUAAUUGACCAAUGCCCUUUUCCGA